AUGAGCACCUGCCAAAAAGACACUUGUACCAAACCAGUUUGUGAAAAGAAGGAAUGUUGCCAACAAGAAUGCCCAAUCAAGAAGGCAUACAAAGAAUUCAUUGCUGCUGUCCCAAAGGCUCAAGUUGGCGAACAAGCCCCAACCUUCAAGGCCCAAGCCCUCUGCCCAUGCAAUGGUAUUGUCGAUAUGGACUUUGAGAGCUUCAAGGGAAAGUUCAUUGUUUUGUUGUUCUACCCACUUGACUGGACUUUUGUCUGCCCAACUGAAAUGCUCGGAUACUCAAAGUUGGCCGAAGAAAUGAAGGAUGUUCAAUUCUUUGGAGUUUCUGUUGACUCAGUUUUCUGUCACAAAGCAUGGUGUGAUGCUCCUCGAGAACAUGGAGGUAUUGGAAAACUUGCAUUCCCAUUGGUCUCUGAUAUUAAGAAGAUCAUUUCAAUGAGAUAUGGUAUGUUCAACUGUUGUGAUGGUAUUGCCAGAAGAGGGUAUGUUAUUAUUGAUCCAAAGGGCAUCAUCAGAUACAUGCAGAUCAAUGAUAAUGGUAUUGGAAGAAACACUGAAGAGACUAAGAGAAUCAUUGAAGCCAUCAAGUUCACUGAUGAACACGGAGAAGUCUGCCCACUUAAUUGGACACCUGGGAAAGACACUAUGAAACCAUGCCCACAAGGUAUGUGUGAGUAUCUUACUAAACACUAG